CAUUGGCCGUCAAUACAAGUUGCACAUCUAGAGGAGAUUAUUAUUUAUCUUGUCAUUAUUAUUGUGAGAUAAUUCACGAUGAUUGGCUACGUUCUGAGCAUCGUUGUUGUUUUUGUUAGCAGUGUGGUGAAUGGGUUCCCCGAGAGAUAUGUGGGGGAAAAAACAUCAGAAAACCACUACCCCUUCAAGCUCUACAAACGUCAAGAAUGGGGAGCUGAGCCCGCCACCAAGAUCGUGCCUCUGAACACGCCUGUACCAUACGUGGUCAUCCACCACACCUAUAUCCCCGCCGCCUGCAAUACUACUGAGGACUGCAUGGCCGGCAUGAGGUCCAUGCAGAGGUACCACAACAGCCAGGACUGGGGCGAUAUUGGAUACAAUUUCUGCAUUGGCAGCGAGGCAGGCGUCUACGAGGGCCGCGGCUGGCAGACGAAGGGCAUCCACGCUGGUAGAGCCAACGGAGUCAGCGUGGGCAUCUGCUUGAUCGGCGAUUGGAGAACUGAACUGCCACCUCAAGAGCAGCUGGAAGCCGCCAAGGAGCUCAUCAAGGCUGGCAUCAAGGAGGGCUACAUCAGCCCGGACUACAAACUGGUGGGGCAUAGACAGGUCAUGAACACCGAAUGCCCCGGCGGGGCGUUGUACCAACACAUCUCUACCUGGGACCACUUCGUACCCAAAUUUGAAGAGGUUAAGAAUUAGGUUUUAUUUCGUAGGUUUAGGAUUUACAUUCCAAAAACUCGUGUAGUUUUUUUGACAACAUGUUUUUUUGGAAUUUGGAAGGCAAGUCAGACCAAUUAACGCAAUUUUAUAGUGAGAAAAAAACCCUAUGAAUUAUAAUUUUAAUUAUACCUCUACAUGUUAAAGCCAAAGAGGAAUUAAUAAUGCGACUCAUUUAUUUACUUAUUUAAUUUUAUUACCGAAUUAAUACCGUUUACUUUGCCAAUUUAGUUUAAGUAUACAUACUAGAGUUCGG